AUGGGCGAGGUGACGGCAGAGGAGGUAGAGAAGUUUCUGGAUUCGAAUGUUGGCUUUGCCAAACAGUACUACAACCUGCGCUACCGGGCCAAGGUCAUCUCAGACCUGCUGGGACCCAGGGAGGCAGCUGUGGACUUCAGCAACUACCACCCGCUGAGCAGCGUGGAAGAGAGUGAAAUUAUCUUCGACCUCCUUCGGGACUUUCAGGACAACCUGCAGGCCGAGAAGUGCAUCUUCAAUGUCAUGAAGAAGCUGUGCUUCCUGCUGCAGGCCGACCGCAUGAGCCUGUUCAUGUACAGGGCCCGGAAUGGCAUCGCGGAGCUGGCCACCCGGCUCUUCAACGUCCACAAGGAUGCUGUGCUCGAGGAGUGCCUGGUGGUGCCUGACUCGGAGAUCGUGUUCCCCCUGGACAUGGGAGUGGUGGGCCAUGUCGCGCUCUCUAAAAAGAUCGUCAAUGUCCCCAACACAGAGGAGGAUGAGCACUUCUGUGACUUCGUGGACACCCUCACAGAGUACCAGACUAAGAACAUCUUGGCUUCUCCCAUAAUGAAUGGGAAGGACGUGGUGGCCAUAAUCAUGGCUGUGAAUAAAGUGGAUGGGCCUCACUUCACCGAGAAUGAUGAAGAGAUUCUUCUCAAGUACCUCAAUUUUGCAAAUCUAAUCAUGAAGGUGUUCCACCUGAGUUACCUGCACAACUGUGAGACUCGACGUGGCCAGAUACUGUUGUGGUCUGGUAGCAAAGUCUUUGAAGAGCUUACAGACAUUGAGAGGCAGUUCCACAAAGCCCUAUAUACAGUCCGCGCCUUCCUCAACUGUGACAGAUACUCCGUGGGGCUCUUAGACAUGACCAAGCAGAAGGAAUUUUUUGAUGUGUGGCCAGUCCUGAUGGGUGAGGCUCCACCCUACGCUGGUCCCAGGACUCCGGACGGAAGGGAAAUCAACUUUUACAAGGUCAUUGACUACAUCCUGCAUGGCAAAGAAGACAUUAAAGUCAUCCCGAACCCACCUCCAGACCACUGGGCUUUGGUGAGCGGUCUCCCCACUUAUGUUGCCCAAAAUGGCCUGAUUUGCAACAUCAUGAAUGCGCCUGCGGAGGACUUUUUUGCAUUCCAGAAAGAGCCUCUGGAUGAGUCUGGAUGGACGAUUAAAAACGUCCUUUCUAUGCCAAUUGUGAACAAGAAGGAAGAAAUUGUUGGGGUGGCCACGUUUUACAAUCGCAAAGAUGGGAAACCGUUUGAUGAAAUGGAUGAGACUCUCAUGGAGUCUUUGGCUCAGUUCCUGGGCUGGUCUGUCUUAAAUCCUGACACUUAUGAGUCAAUGAACAAACUUGAAAACAGGAAGGAUAUUUUCCAAGACAUGGUAAAAUACCAUGUGAAGUGUGACAAUGAAGAAAUCCAGACAAUCUUGAAAACCAGAGAGGUGUAUGGGAAGGAGCCGUGGGAAUGCGAGGAAGAAGAACUGGCUGAGAUCCUGCAAGGAGAGCUGCCAGAUGCAGACAAAUAUGAAAUUAAUAAAUUCCACUUCAGCGAUCUGCCCCUGACGGAACUUGAGCUGGUGAAAUGUGGAAUACAGAUGUACUAUGAGCUCAAAGUGGUGGAUAAAUUUCACAUUCCUCAGGAGGCCCUGGUGCGCUUCAUGUAUUCCCUGAGUAAGGGCUACCGCAGGAUCACCUACCACAACUGGCGGCACGGCUUCAACGUGGGGCAGACCAUGUUCUCCUUGCUGGUGACCGGAAAGCUGAAGCGAUACUUCACAGACCUGGAGGCCUUGGCCAUGGUCACCGCCGCCUUCUGCCAUGACAUUGACCACAGAGGCACUAACAAUCUCUACCAGAUGAAAUCCCAGAACCCAUUGGCCAAGCUCCAUGGGUCCUCCAUCUUGGAAAGACACCACUUGGAGUUUGGUAAAACACUGUUGAGAGAUGAGAGCCUAAAUAUCUUUCAGAACCUCAAUCGCAGGCAGCACGAGCAUGCAAUCCACAUGAUGGACAUCGCGAUCAUUGCUACAGACCUUGCCUUGUAUUUCAAGAAAAGGACAAUGUUCCAAAAGAUCGUGGAUCAGUCUAAGACAUACGAGACUCAACAGGAGUGGACACAGUACAUGAUGCUGGAUCAGACACGGAAGGAAAUUGUUAUGGCCAUGAUGAUGACCGCCUGUGAUCUCUCAGCCAUCACCAAGCCUUGGGAGGUGCAGAGCAAGGUGGCUCUGCUGGUUGCUGCUGAAUUCUGGGAACAAGGUGACCUGGAGCGCACGGUGCUGCAACAGAAUCCCAUUCCCAUGAUGGACAGAAACAAGGCGGAUGAACUGCCUAAGCUUCAGGUCGGCUUCAUCGACUUUGUUUGCACCUUUGUCUACAAGGAAUUCUCCCGUUUCCACGAGGAGAUCACUCCCAUGCUGGAUGGGAUUACCAACAACCGCAAGGAGUGGAAAGCACUUGCUGAUGAGUAUGACACCAAGGUGAAGGGGCUGGAGGAGGAGAAGCAGAAACAGCAGGCAGCCAACCAAGCAGCCGCAGGAAGUCAACCUGGUGGAAAGCAACCUGGGGGCGGGCCUGCAUCCAAGUCUUGCUGUGUCCAAUAG